AUGGCCUUGGAUCAGUGGCCCUUUCUCCCGACUGUCCCCAACAUCUCCAUCCCUGAGCCCCUCCUGUACGACAGCUACAUGCAGGGGAAUGAGUCCAACCUGGACCUGAACAUCUCCAAGGCCAGGGAGCCUCACCAGGACAAGACCAGCUCUGUGGUCAUCACCCUCAUCUACUUCAUAGUAUGCGCCGUGGGGUUGUGCGGCAACGCCCUGGUCAUAUAUGUCAUCCUGCGAUAUGCCAAAAUGAAGACGGUGACCAACAUCUACAUCCUGAACCUGGCGGUGGCCGAUGUUCUGUGCAUGAUGAGCCUGCCGUUCAUCGCCCUGCAGCUGACGCUGGUGCACUGGCCCUUCGGAGAGGUGCUGUGCAGGGUGAUCAUGACUGUCGACUCUCUCAAUCAGUUCACCAGCAUCUUCUGUCUGAUGGUGAUGAGCAUCGAUAGGUACUUCGCUGUGGUCCACCCUAUUAAGUCCACAAAAUGGCGGAAGCCCCGUGUGGCCAAGCUUAUCAACCUGACGGUGUGGUGUGUGUCCCUGUUAGUCAUCCUACCUACUUUGAUCUUUAGUGGCCUUCACAAGGAGCAAACAUGUGGGAUCGAGUGGCCGGAGCCCCAGGAUGUCUAUUACACAGCCUUCAUAAUCUAUACCUUCUUCAUUGGGUUCUGCCUACCUCUAGCAGUCAUAUGUCUGUGCUACCUGCUCAUUAUAGUCAAGGUAAAGUCGUCCGGCAUGCGGGUGGGUUCCAGCAAGCGCAAGCGCUCUGAGCGUAAGGUAACACGGAUGGUGUCCAUAGUGGUGGCGGUGUUUGUCCUCUGUUGGCUGCCUUUCUACAUAUUCAACGUCACCUCCGUCACCAGCUCCAUCAACCCCACCUCUGCCGCGAAGAGCACCUUCGACUUUGUCGUGGUGCUGGGCUACGCCAACAGCUGCGCCAACCCCAUCCUGUACGCCUUCCUGUCGGACAACUUCAAGAAGAGCUUUCAGAACGUCCUAUGCCUGAAAAAGGUGGCAGGCCUGGACGAGAUAGAGCGCAGUGACAGCAGGGCAGACAGGAGCAGGAUGGUUAACGAUGCUGUACUCCACGCCAACCUGGAGACUCACAAUGCUGCCCUGCUGAAUGGCGAGCUACAGACCAGCAUCUGAGCAGCGGCAGUCACAUCCAACGAGCCCAGAGAGACGGACAGAUGAGCUGCCACUAUAGUGACUCCUGUUCAAAGAUGUGGGGGCCGGACGAUGAUGUAAUAGCUGCUGCUCGUGGACAUCGACACAUGGACAAAGUCUAGGUGAAAAAUACAUAAUUUCUUAAGGGAAAGUCCACUGACUCCAGCUCAAAACUCUUAAUAUUUGGGUUGAAUUUGCCCUGAGACGAAAAUGAUUGACUAAAGUGAUUUCAAACACAACAGAGACAAGUGAUGUUCGAGUCAAACAUAAAUAGGAGUGCUGUUAAUGGUUCUAUUGAGUUGUCAGAAGUCAUGCAGACUGAACGAAAAUCAAAACGAGACGCAGGAUCAGAGAAUGGACUGCUGUGGACCCACAGGAGAAAUACUGGGGCUGCUUCACCCAUGGUAGAGUGAGAGAGCUAGACGGGAUUGAGCACCAUCCAGGCGCUCCUUGAUGGAGCGUUUUGAGAGCUAUGGAGGGUCGGCAUUGAUUUCUCUGAAUGUGGAAAUACUGCUGAAGAAGACAGUCAAACAUUUCAGUUGGAAACAGCCAGCACUGUAAUUCUGUAGAGUCUUUAAAAGAAAAACUAAAUCAAAAAUCUUGAGCCAAAGGGAAAACGA